AAAUGGAGCCGACUGGAUUUAGCGCAUCGAUAUAUAACACAGAGAGUGGGGGGAAGAGCAGUAGAGGAAGUGUAAGGAGAGCAGCGAGGAGGAGGAGGAGGGAGAGGUUUUGGGUGGCUUGGCUGAAGCAAUUGCUCGGUCGAUCCUCGCCGCAUAGCCUUUGGGUUGGACGUUCUCCCGACCGUUGGAUUGUUCGAUUAUCGGCGGUUCAUCUCAACGGUCUGGUAGCACUACACUGAGGAGGACGGGAGCGGAUCAAGAUUUCGUCAGAUCUGGUGGUUUGUUCUGGCUGCUGGAAACGAUACAUUAGCUUUCUUGAGGCCAUUCUUGCUCAGAGGAUUGUUCAUUUCCGCCAUUAGACCUCUCUCCGAAGGAGCUUCUGGACUGUCUGUAGCUGUUUCGGAUUUUCAGCGAGUUUGUAGCGGUGCGCGGCUUGAGAUUGGCGGUAUCGAUUGAUGAUCUUGAUUGGAUCGUAAUUAUUUGCUGGUCCAAUCACAAUUGGCUUCUGAGUUUGGCAUUAAACUGAGAGUGAGCAGAAUCGCUCUCUAGUUUCGCCAUCUUUGCUGCUGGUUGUGAGAGGAUCCACCUUCAGUCUUACUCUUCCUUUUACGUCUCCCAGCUUCGAAAGCCAAGUUCAAACUGAGAUGGCUCUGGCAAUUUUCAAGAGUUCAUUUGGAAGUGGUGAUUACAAUGGAGCUACGAAACCAGAAGGCAAACCGACCGGCAGGAGACGUGUUUUUGUGCAGACAGAGACGGGCUGCGUUUUGGGGAUGGAGCUGGACAGGAGCGACAAUGCGCAUACUGUGAAGAGGAGGUUACAGCUUGCUCUCAACUUCCCCAUUGAGGAGAGCUCGUUGACCUUCGGCGACAUGGUUCUGAAGAAUGAUUUGAGCGCCGUUCGAAAUGACUCCCCCCUCCUGUUGACGAGGAAUCUACUCCACAGAAGCUCUUCCACCCCAUGUCUGUCACCGACCAAUCGGGAUAUCGAACAGAAAGAUCAGAGCGGACCGAUUGAGAUUUUAGGACAUUCGUCCCACUUUGCAGCGACAAAACAGCUGGUUAAGGAGGUUGUCAAGGCCAUGAUGAGCGGCAUUGAUCCAAUGCCUAUUCGUAGUGGGCUCGGUGGGGCUUACUAUUUCAGGAACGUCAGCGGCGAGAAUGUUGCGAUCAUCAAGCCAACCGACGAAGAGCCUUUCGCCCCCAACAAUCCAAAGGGCUUUGUCGGAAAGACUCUUGGACAGCCAGGCUUAAAGCGAUCGGUCAGGGUUGGGGAGACGGGGUUCAGAGAGGUGGCGGCUUAUCUUCUCGACUACGGUCACUUUGCAAACGUGCCGCCUACUGCGCUGGUGAAGAUUACUCAUUCGAUCUUCAACGUGAACGAUGGUGUGAAUGGAAACAAAUCUCAGAGCAAGGAGCUUGUGAGCAAGAUCGCCUCGUUUCAGAAGUACAUCCCGCACGAUUUCGAUGCUAGUGAUUAUGGUACUUCGAGCUUCCCCGUCUCCUCUGUGCAUCGCAUUGGAAUUUUAGACAUAAGAAUCCUCAACACUGACAGGCACGGCGGGAAUCUCUUGGUUAGGAAGCUCGACGGCAUCGGCCAGUUUGGUCAAGUGGAACUGAUUCCCAUCGACCACGGCCUUUGCCUGCCGGAAACUUUAGAAGAUCCCUACUUCGAAUGGAUUCAUUGGCCGCAGGCCUCGAUUCCAUUCUCGGAAACCGAGCUCGACUACAUUGCAAAUCUUGAUCCGGUGCGCGACGCCGAGAUGCUCAGGAGGGAGCUCCCGGUGAUACGGGAUGCUUGUCUGCGCGUCUUACACCUCUGCACCGUUUUUCUGAAGGAAGCUGCUGCGGAUGGGCUUUGUCUAUCCGAGAUCGGGGAGAUGAUGAGCCGUGAGUUUCAAACGGGCGAGGAGGAGCCUAGCGAGCUUGAGGUCAUUUGUUUGGAGGCGAAACAUCUCGUCGCCGAGGAGAUAACAUCUCCCAAUGCCGAAGCGGAUUCUGCCGAUUUCCAGUUCGACAUUGAUUGCGACGAAAAUGGGUACAACUUCGCCCACAAAUUCACUUCCGAGGCCUUUCUGUCCUCCGGAGUGACGCCAUUCCCCUUCGGUUUCGGCGCUCCGCUUGCCAAACUCGACGAAAGCUUCGAGGAAGAUGAAAGCGACGGAGAGCAGGAGAAGGGGAUUAGGAUCGACAAUCCAACGGUGGAGAACAGCUCGACUAUCUCGAAACUGUCCAUGCUGCUGCGGACCGCAAGCCUCGGCGAGAAGCACCACAAGUUCCCAAAGUGUUUUGGGCCCAAGGCCAACAAGAGUGUCGCGGUGAAUUUGUCGUCGAGGAGCGCGAACGAGCAGCUUCCUGUCAGCGUUAGCUUCGUGAAGCUGGGAGACAUGAACGACGAGGAAUGGAAACUGUUUCUGGAGAAGUUCCGCGACCUGCUCAAACCCGCUUUCGACAAGAGAAAGUCGAUCACUCUCGACGCCAGGCAGCGUCACAGGCUCGGGACUUCUUGCAAGUUUUGAGAGACCUAGUAGUAGAACAAGUGUACGCCAUGAGAGACAGAGAAAGAGAUAUACAAAUAAAUAAAACCUGCAGAGGGGAGAAAAGUUAGUAGAGAGGAGAGAGAGAGAGAGAGAGAGAGGAGAGAGAGAGAGAGAGGUGUAUAUAUUCUUUGAAAACAAGAACAGCCUCUAUGGCUGUUGUAACGAGUGAGUGAGUGAUAGGGAUUUGGUUGUUUCUCUCUGCUGUUUGAUAAAUAAGUUGCAAGAAGAGAGAGAGUGAGAGAGAGAGAGGUCUGUCAUUGUAGUAA